CUCUUCGGCAUAUUUAAAAGAGAAGGUGGAUUAAUCUACAAAAACAAAAUCUCCAUUGCUUGGUAGAACAGAGAGGAGGGAAAAGAUGAGAGUUAUGGUGGGGAUUGAUGGGAGUGAUGCGAGUUUCUAUGCUCUUCAAUGGACCCUUGAUAACCUUUUCAAUGGCCUAAUCAGUCCAGCACCAGCUGUUGUUGGUGGGGAAGCUACCCUGCUCACGCUGGUUCACGUACACCAGCCUAUCAAGCACUAUGGCUUCGCCCCUUCUGCCUUCCCUGCUGGACCAGGAGUUCUAGCUUAUGCAUCGACUACAUUGGUGGAUUCUGUAAGGAAGUCCCAAGAACAAAUUUCUGCUGGCAUACUCUCGCGUGCUUUAAAGAUGUGCAAAGACAAGAUCAAAGCAGAAACUCUGAUUCUUGAGGGAGAUCCGAAGGAUAUGAUAUGCGACAUCAGCGAGCAAAUGAAUGUUGACCUCCUUGUUGUUGGCAGCCGCGGCCUUGGAAAGAUUAAAAGGCAGAGCUUUGCUAGGCAGUGUAAGUGAUUAUUGUGCACACUAUGCAAAAUGUCCAACCCUGAUUGUGAAGCCGCUGAAGGAGGCCAGCAAGUAAAGGCGACCGAGGACUAGGGUUUUCCUAGGAUUUGUCCUGCAAAAGAUAAUCUAUAUAUAAAAUUAUGUUUGCAUGUAAACUCUAUUUGUUUAUGCUAGUGUGACAGAGGAAGAGCAUUAUAGCUCAAAGCUAGAUCUUUACUGAAAUAUGGUUUUACUCUUUAUCAUUUGAAAUGAGCUCAAAUUGGUUCAUAGUGUACUUCAUUUUUAAAUAGAUCAAGUCAUUCUUAUAUUUCACAAUCUUUCUUCAUCACUAAAUUAAUUUCCAAUUAAACGGCAAGGAUCAGUAUCAGAUCACAAUUAUAACAUUUAGUAAUGUUGUUUUAUCUGCUUCAGUUAAAAAAGGAAUGCUGUUUUAUCAGCAAUGGACCAAUGGUUGGAAAAAGCCCUUAGUAAUCCUAGAAGCAAUGGGUUCUUAGGAGAAGAAAAUCAGGCUCGCCAAACAGGCCUGGAAAAGCAUUUCUUUUACGAACACAGUUUGCUGUAACCAUUCUUUCAGGCAACAUAGUUCCACUAUAUCUCUGUUAAUUAACUGCCCUUUUGAUAAAAAUACUUUCGGCAGAAGCAUCAGGAAAAUGGUAUGGGCAGGAAGGGGUUGGAAGAUUUAAUUUCAGAUCAGCCAUCCGUGAUUCAAGUAGUGAUUAGCUCAUUUGAAGUAGCUUCCAGAAGU